AUGUACGAUCUGGAAAGCUUCACCAUGGUCGUAGAAGGGGCGGCUGUUCGCUUGACCGAGAUUCUCAGCUCCGUCUUCCCGAACGACUUUCGCCCCUGGACUGCCACUGGGACCUUUCAUACCACGGCACCUACACCGAUGCAGACUGUGUUUACGACCACGGAGAGAAUCACGGUUACCUCAACCUCAUCGGCAGAGCCAACGGGUGUCCGCGAGCCUGUUGUCCGGCGAGAAGAUGCGCCUGACGAGCAGCUACCUUGGGAGGACCACCAACUGCUCUGGCGGCAGGCGUGGAACGACAAGCCUCUUCGGAUCCAGGUUUGCAUUAUGCUUGUUGAUUGGACCAACGCUGCUUUCGAACACGUCAAGAGGCGCAUGUCGUGGUGCGGGUGCGUGGGUGCCAAAAUAUUGCAGUGCAGUCCGUUGACUUUCUGUACGCUCCGGCUUCUCGGGGUGAUGUUUGGUUAUUAUGGGUAUGUUUCGCGGAUCCAAGUCUAA